CAAUUCGGCGCAGUCUCGCUUCGGUCGCGGCUUGAUGAGGACACAAAGGAGGCUUGAGUUGAACCCGCCAACCUCGCAGCACCUUUGCUCCGACCCUGCACCGUUUUCGAGCGCGAAUCGGCGGCGCGCGUCGAUGACGUCACCUCAGGCGUUUAAAUAGAGGAGGAAAGUUCAGUGUUUAAGCCUGGUUUGAUCUUUGCAAGUCUGCCUGCAUCACAUGCUGCAAUAAAUAUCACCAAUGGAGCCCGGCGUCUGCUUCAAGAAGCGAGACCGAGGGGACGAAAAGGACACCCCCGAAGACAGAGCCGUCAAGAGCCAAAAGAGCAAUGCUAAGCCCCCCCUCACGCUGCCUGUUACCCCAUCUCGGUACGACGCCCCUUUCCCCUUUUAUCGGAGGCCGGCUGAAGUGGGACGCUUUUCCUUGGACUCCCAGCGCCGUUACCACGGCAGCGCUCAGCAGCUCCGCUAUUACGCCCCGCCUCCGAUGGAAGGCCCCGUCCCCGGAUUCGACCUGCGCGACGGCUACCUCGAUCGCUACGUGCAGCGAAGUGAAAACGUCCGCGAGGGACUGGAUCACUUGCUGCAGUGGGUCGCUCAGAACCGGAAGCAGCUGCAGGGUGCCGAGGAGAAAGGACAGCUGCUGAACACGGACUUUGUGACGUGGCGGGGGCAUCUCACAAAAGUGCUCACCACCCCCUACGAAAAGCAGGACGGGUGGCUUCUGGCGGUCAGCCUCUUCCGCGGGACCCUCUACGUCAGCGAGUUUGAGACCGAGUCUGCCAAGAGGCAGCGGGAGCAGCGCUCGGAACUGCUGAAGGAGCUCACCUACAUGGGCUACAAGUUCGAGCAGUACAUGUGCGCUGAUACCCCUGAUGGGAUUCCUGACCCGACUAGGGUGGUGAAUACGAAUGAGGGCUUCUGCACAGUUAUCCGGACCCGGUUGGGAACGCACUCGCUUCUGUUCUCGGGCGAGGUGGAUUGUACGGACCCUCGAAGCCCCUGGCCUGACCCGCCGAGCUGUUACGUGGAGCUAAAGACCAGCAAGGUCAUGCAUAGCCCUGCUCAGAGGAGGAGUUUUUACAGGCACAAGAUGAUCAAAUGGUGGGCCCAGUCCUUUUUGCCCGGCGUGUCACGGAUCGUGGCUGGUUAUCGGGGACCAGACGGCAGCGUGGUGGAACUGGAGACCUUCGAGACCAUGAAAAUAUUUCAGCUCAUCAGGGAAGACCCAGGCUGCUGGAAGCCGGCUGUGUGCAUGAAUUUCUGCGCAGCCUUUCUCAGCUUUGUCAAGAAAGUGGUGACAGAGGACAAUCCAAAGCUGGUUCAUCUCUUCGCUUGGGAGCCAGGGCACCCCGUUUCCUUCAGCGUGCACCACGAUUCCGAGUACACCUUCCUGCCCGACUGGUAUGUGGAAGCUCUGAGCUCAGAGAAGCCCCCUACGCCCCAGAUCCCAGACUGAUGAGCUCCACCUUGGGGGGAAAGCUGGUUUUUGGACUGAGAGCUGGUGGCAAAGAAACUCAAGGUGGGAGAGCCAGGGGAGAAUGAAGGGCGGUUGAUGGUUGGAUGAUUGGGGGGGGGGGGGGGGGGUGCCUCUACCACAGCCCCUCCUUCCCCGGUCAGGAUGAAAAAGGAGCAGGACAAUAAAAUGUGCUUUGUUUCCCACUAA